GAAGUAGUUCUGACGUAUCCAUUUUGAGUAAAAAUGGGUAGGUCAGAAAUACCAUUGUCAAAAAUGUCAAAUCAAUCAAAAAAAGUAAUAUGGUAAUAAAGAUUUGAGAUAAAAAAAUUCGAACUGCAAAAAUGAGUAGAAAGUAGUCAAGGUUGUUUUUGAAAGUGUUCAUAAUAUUUCGUUUUAUUACAUAUGUAAUUGUAACAUAUCAUUUCCGCAAUGGGUGCUAAUAGGGUAAGAAUAUUUUGCUAUUUUUCUUAACACUUCAUUUUAUCUUCACCCACUUUUUUGUUUACUUAUCAUUUUAUAUGUGUUUAUAAUUUGGCUCAAUUCUUAACACGUAGUAAUAUUGCCCACAAUAUGUUACUAAUAUAUUUAAAUGUUACUUAAAGGCUUCCGUUUAAUUUUUUUAUUAAUCAUUUAGGAGUUUUUUUAAGGUCACUAUAUGCAUAUAAUCCCCACAUAUUUUUAAAUAUUGUUAUUGCACAAAUUCUUUUCAAAUAUUUUUACAUGGAUUUCAAGCAUCAUGCCAAACAUCCUGUUUAGAAGUGAAUUGCACACUUGACUUGCAAAAAAUAUUAAUAUAGAUAAAAUCAUUUGUUGAGUUUAUCUAGUAUAUGUUAUCAUUAAGCACUUAUUAACAGAUAUUUAAGUAACUAUCAGACGAAAAAAGCUAAAUUUAAACAAUGGGUAAUACGUGCUCUUCAAAAGUCCUGCAGCAUACCUUUGACGAUGACCAGUAUUUGUACGACCCAAGUCUACUAAAAAACCUCGAUUGGAGCCAGACGAAAUCCUGUUUAAAUCCAGAAAUCACCAACGAAAACACCGGAGAAUCCUGGAUAGUCGUGAGACCCUUGAAGCUGUCCGAUUACGACAGGGGAUACGUCCAAAUCCUCUCCCAAUUAACAUCCGUCGGCAAUGUUUCCAAAUCAGAUUUCGAGAAUCAAUUUUCCAACAUGCGUAAAGCCGGAGGAUACUACGUAACGGUAAUAGAAGACACGAGAAACAACACAAUCAUCGGCUCCUCCACGCUAAUAACAGAAUUCAAAUUCAUCCACGACUGCGCCCUGAGAGCUCGCCUGGAAGACGUGGUCGUUAACAACACGUAUCGGGGCAAACAACUGGGAAAAUUGAUUGUCUUAACGGUGACGCUUUUAGCGCGCAAAUUGGGAUGCUACAAAAUGACGUUGGAUUGUAAGGAUAAUCUCGUGUCGUUUUAUAGAACGUUGGGGUACAAUUCGGAGCCCGGUAACGCUAAUUCCAUGAAACUUCGAUUAGAACAGCUCGGCUCGAGUGUUUACGAAUAAAAUGAAUAUUUGUUUUAAACAUGAGUGUAUAAACAGAACAUAAACAUCUAAAUUAUGGGUAUUAUUCUCCUUUGCCUUCGUUCUCGACUUUUCUACCUAACAAAUCUAUUUUUCUAACGCACCGGCUGUCGACAUCGGACUCUGAGCUGUCAUCGUCUGAGGAGGAAUCAUCGUAGCAACCUAUGCCCGGUAAUAUAGCGAUGCAUUUUAGACCUGUGUCAGGGGCUGCUUGAUUUCGCAUCGGCUUUUCCUCUAUUCCUCAAAUAUUCGUUAAUAUUAUUCGGAACGAUUAAAGAUUAAAAUUUACCUGAUGCCUCGACGGAGCUCCUCUUUGUAGGGGAAUGAUCGUUUUCGGAUUCGCUUAGCUUUCUCUUCUGGCUCUCAGACUUUUUAAUCACUACGCCUUUCAUUAAUUUCUGCUGGCUGUUGGUUUGCUUAUCUUUUCUCGUUUUAUUUACUACUAUUUCGGCUUGCAGCCUCUCGUCUAGCGAUUUUUCUUGUAAUAUGGAUACUCUGUUGCGGUAAUCGAGCAGUUCUUGCUCCUCCUCUAGUUCCUUCCUUCUAUCGGCUUCGGUUUUCUUUCGAUCGACGAGAUCUAGAAACUCUAUCUCAUCGUCAUCUAAUCCUUUAAUCAUGUUU